AUGGAAAACAGCAAUGUGUCCUUAGUUGAAGAUACUCAUCACAAGUCACCGUCCAUUCAACAGACGACAAGAACGUCUCAUACCGCCUCAGAACUUGUGCAUUCACAAGCGGUGAGCCUUUCCAUGCCGCCCGGUGGGCCGACUCAUCCUUUUGGUUCCCUUAUACACCCAACCCCUACUUCUACUCCACCCCCUCUACCUUCUAUACAGCAGUUGCAACAAACGAGCAUUCAGCAACAACCAAUAACGUUUGUAUUCGAACGGUUUUGUUCUGGUGUGCCGACACCUCUUUCUAUGCACACACCUUUACCAUCACCGAAGCCUAUUGUACGGUCAGACGACGACGCGAUAGAUGCCAAUGACAACAGACCACAACGAAGUCUUACCAUUAAAAUAACUCAAAAUAACGACACUGCAAAAAAAAACAGAAAGAAGAGGAAGCAUAGUUCAUAUGGAACUCCUAUAGAUUCUCCCAUUUCGUUAAAUAGGGACGAGGAUUCAAAGUCAGAGUCGGAAUAUGGUGACAACUUGAACGAAUAUGUUACCAGAAGCGAGGCAUUCUCGGAUUACGAUACAGAAGAUUCGUCAAUGAUAACGCCAGUAGAUGCAUUAAAACGAUUAUUAAUGCAAUUCACUGCUAUGUCUCCUAUGAGACUUGAAUCCAUAUUACCAGUACUUUUAGAUAACGACAUAGAUGACCCUGAUAUUCUUCUCUUAAUUGAAAACGAACAAUUCCUCCGCGACCUUCGUGGUAAAAAUGGAUCUGAAAUUAGUAGGGGUAAUUGUUUGUUACUUUGGCAUGGUAUUCAAGAACAUCGAAAUAAUUGUUCUACCGUUCACACGCCAAAAUCAUUUUCGUCAUGCGCUUCAUCAUCUUAUUCCCCGCCACCUUCUCGAGCAAAUGCCGAUCACAUUACUACACCACUUGCUCAACCAAAAUCAAAAAGACCAAAACUAGACCUCAUUGAAAGAGAGAAUAACGGUUUACCAUCUUUACAAGAUCAGCGUCAUCAAAAUCUUGACAUUACCCAUUAUAGUAACAAACAAAGAGUGAAAGCACCAAAACUUAGCAUGUCCACAAUAGAAGAAGUUCACUCCCGAGUGGAUUGUGUAUUAUCCGUUGUGGCAGCCGAAAACGAACGUCGAAAGCAAAUUGCACAUUCUCGCAAUAAUUCUGCUAAACCUACAGUCAAAUUUGAAGAUUUUGUGGCUGAACUUAAACAGGCACAUAAAAUCCCAGUAGCUUUUGGCACUUUGCGUGACAUGCGGUUUGCAUAUAUGCUCAAAAAACUUGACAGGCGUAUGUAUGCGGAUACGCUGGCAAAUAACAGAAGUAAUGUCACGGAAUUUUAUAGAAGAUGUCAAGAGGUAUGCGAGGAAAACUUUAAAGAUGAAGAGUUAGAAGCUGCCUUACCUUGGUUGAAUCUCAAAGCGAAAAUGUACUAUAAAUAG